AUGUGUGACAGUGUGAGAAUUCGUUGUUUUGGCAAGUGCACAAAUGUACGUCUUCUCUUUGCCCCUCCAUCUAGACGCUCUGCGCCAUCCAAGAGAAAAAAAGAGAUCUCGAGGUCGGAUAUGAGUAUCUGAAAAUUUGCAUGAUUAAAACUCUUAGUUUUAGAGUUUAUCCUUGAAAACAGGAAUGUGAAUAAUUUAAAGUAUUUUUCAGCUGGUGUUUAUAGGCCCGUGGUCUUGUGAAUUUUUCCUGUAGGAAGAACUGGCAUGACGCCAUGACUCAUUUGGUUAGCACUAUUUUCCAUCCAGCAAACCGCGCUAUCGAUUUUCUAAAGUCUUUUUGAUUUUUGUUAUUAAUUCAGUUAGGGUUAGGUUUGGGGUUAGGAGUUAGGGUAGGGUUUGGGUUAGUUACAUAGCCAUUUAACACCUCUUCCAUCUUCCGAAAAUGACGUCAGGUCAGUUUGCUGGAUGGAAAAUAGUGCUAACCCUUGAUUUUAUGUUCUUCAUAUUGAAAUGCUGUAAAUGGCCGCUUUUGAAACACGAGUUUACAGUAUUUUCUGGGUUUGACCGAGGUUUGUAUGGCGCACGCAUUAAAUAGUAUUAAUAUAUUUGUCAAUUGCGCAAAAGUGCGAAUUUUUAGCUGUUAUAUCGUUUUCAGAAUUGUGUAUUUUAUGUGACUUUGCAUCAACGAGCAAAAGUCGCAGAAAAGUUAGAAAGAAAUGCAAGGAAUUUUGGGGAAAACUAAGGAAAUUUAGUGCUGGUGACAAGGAAUUUCGUCACGUUCCCUUUGUGCUUUGUCAUAUCUCCGAGCUUGUGCCAAACAAACAAAGCCCAUGUGCGGUUAAUUUUCCGGCAGGUGGGAUCACGUUCAAGAGUCAAGAGGAUACGGAGACUAGUAGUCGUGGCCUAUCUGUCGAAGACGAAAGAAAACAAAACGCAAUAAAAGGUGAAUAUAUUUUUCAUUUUGAGUACGUUUUCAAAUAGAACUAACUUAGGAUGAAUUUCAUGAAGUAUAAUUGAAGUUCGCGUCCUCCUUAAAAGCGAGGGGCCAUGUGGUCCAUGAAAGUCAUAAAAUGCAUUCAAUGGCCAUUAUAGAAAAUGAGAAAUGUGACCGCUAGCUAUUCUCGUAAUUGUGAGAAAAACUUUACUAAUGAUUCACAAGUUCCAUUUACUAUGUCUUAUAUUUGGUUGGGAUGGUUUUAUACGAAAUAUAAUGCAUACAAACGGGGCAUGAUCAGCAUGUUGAAAUCCCUUUAGGCCUUUGUAUUAUGUCUAAACCGGCUAUAAACAGGUUUUAAAUGACAACAAACCGUCAAGUAAAAAAGCUAUAAUGUUACUAAUUUCAUAUAUCUUGGGGCAAGGUACAAUACCACCAGAAAAUUUAUAAUAUAUAUAAUUGCUGUCUACGGUUACUUCCUCCUGGCAUAGAGCCAGUAUGAAUAAUGAUUUUUUCUCAGGUAAUAGACUACAGUCUCAUUUAAACAUAUAAGAAUACAAACGACAUGUAAUGCGCGCCAUAUUGGCAAAUUUGGCCUUGGUAUUAAUAGAUUGAUUUCAUAGCAAAGAAAAUAAAUUCAGAACCGUAUGCAUCAAUCAUUCCUGUUUACCAGGAACUCAUGUGAUCAACGAUGUUAUGGUUUCAUGUGAAAGUGAAAUCUUGCGAAUUUCUGUUCUGAAUACAUCCAGUUGUGUAUGAGUAAUGCCUUGGCUUAAAACGUACAUGUAAGGCCUACUGCAGCGAAACUCUUUGUGAGAAAACUGUGUAACGAUUGUACAUGAAAUGCAUGGAUGGUUGUGCAUGGGUGAUUCCUGCAGUAGCAAAACACAUUUCUUCUCACAAACCCUAAUAAUCCCAUCUAUAUUGCACAAUAAUGAUUUUUGUUUGCCGAGGAAAAGCAUUCUUGAGAUCAUUGACUUUCAUAUUGGUCCAAACUAAACCGGAUUGAAUAAAUUAACAGGGUUAGACUUUAUAACACAUGGCAUCUUAGGCUAGUUUUAUUGUGUAAAUCAGGCUUUGUGUAUUGUUCAGCAAUCUUUUGAAAGGCAUGGUUUAAUUUUCAUUUUAUAGGUGUUUUCCAACUUAUGUGUUGCACAUCAAGUUGUUCUGGUUCCAAAGGGCCCAUGUGGUUGGGGGGGGCCUAAGUAUCAUGGAUAUAGUGUAGUGUAGCAGGCAAAAUAUGUAGGCAUGUUCAUGUUAGGGUUUCAACAGUCAUACUUGUUACUUUCUUGAUUGUGGCUACACGUGACAUUAUUUUUGUCGAUUUCUGGUCACUUUUCAAAGAUUUCCAAAUUUUGUUUUGAAUAUUCCCAAUUACGUUUCUAAAUUUGCCAGCUCUGAAAGUUAUUACUUUGCCAGCUCUGCAAGUUAUUUACUAACGUACCUUAGUUCUGUACUUUGGUACUUUAGUAAGCAACUUGCAAAGUUGGUUAAUAUGCCAAAUUUAGAAACAUAGUUGGAGAAUAUUCACAACAGAAUUGGCCAGUUUUAAAUUUGAGUAAACUGAUUGAAGGAACCCUUCAAUGGCAAUUUUGCUGUCAAAUGUGACCCAAGUAACUUUCAGCUUGAAAGAAUUGAGGGCUUUAGAUUAUGACUACAAAUACAAAAUUUGUCUUUUGCCAGCCAGACAAUUCUUACUUUGAAUCUAUUGUGCCUGCUGCACAAGUGAUAGAUCUUGUACUUGUGGUCUUGCUUUAUAAGUAAAAUCUAAAGUUCUCCAAUGUGCCGUGAAGCAUUACAAGUGCUUCUUGAAGUGUGAAAUUUACGUUGAAUGUGAAACAACCAAUUUAUGCCUAACCUGCCGCGAUCUAUGUCUCAGUUACCGGGAAAAGAUGAAAGGGAUUGAUUUUUGUCAGCAGGUUAGUAGCAUGGGGCAACGAAGCAUUUCCUGUUAACAAGUAAAAUUGUCUGCUGUUAGAGUUGGGUGAUAUUUCGAUGUAUCGAUAUUAUCAAGAUAUUUUCACUCAUGAUUAUUGUAUCGAAAGUCAAAACUUGAGUGAUGUUAUAUCGUAAUUAUCGUCAUGGUCUACGAGACGACAACUAUUGUGGAAUUGCUUUGCAUGCAUACAAAGAGUUUGUGAUUACUGAUUAAUCCAUCAAGCUACAGAGCUUCCCCAUUGACUAGUGAAAUUGUCUGGCGUUAGACAAGUAAAAAAAAAUAAGUAGGGCGCACUGGGACGCAUUGUACUGUAGCUCAGUGGGUUAAUCUAAAGCUGUUGUUUUUAAUUUCUUGAAGAAUUAAAAGACGUUUUAGAGAAUUAAAGUUUUUGGAAGAAUUAAGUAUUUUCUGAAAAUGUGUUUCAAGCGCAGUUGGCAUCUGAUAUCGUCAUAAUUUCCUAGACGAUACUCGUGAUAUGAUUUUUUAAGUGUCACCCAACUCUAUCUGCCAUAUAUAUAUCCUGAAAAAUUACAUCCACCUAUUAAAUAUUAAGAAGAUAACACAUGUACAAGUCCAAAAAGAUUUGAAAAUGUAAAUGUACCAAACUUGCAAAACAUUUUGUCACAUACAUGUUGUAAAAAACGUAGAAACGUGUUGUAAAUACCUGGGAAUAUGUAAAAACACCAUACGUGUUGUACACAACUUAGAAACGUGUUGUAAAGAGCGUGGAAACAUGUAAAAACACAUAUGUGUUGUAAAGAAAUUAGAAACGUGUUGUAAAGAACCUGAAAAUAUGUAAAAACACCAUACGUGUUGUACAGAACUUAGAAACGUGUUGUAAAGAGCGGGAAAACAUGUAAAAACACAUAUGUGUUGUAAAGAAAUUAGAAACGUGUUGUAAAGAACCUGAAACUAUGUAAAAACACCAUACGUGUGUGGAAACAAAACCGAAAAAUGUAAAAACACAUCUUAUGUGUUGUAAAAAAACUUAGAAACGUGUUGUAAAGAAGGUGUAAAAACACCUUAGUAAUGGCCAGUAAUGUGUUGUAAAGUACCCAGAAACAUGUAAAAACACCAUAUACAUAACAUAGAACCCACAAAUAUGUUGUAAAUAACGUGGAAACAUGUAAAAAAUACCAAUGAUGUUGUAAAAACCUUGAAACUGUUUAUUGAACCUAGAGUGAUGUAAAACACCACUUCAAACAUGUAAAAGUGAUAAAGUUAACUUUUGUAAAUAUUACAGAUUGAACUUUUUUAUGCGUGUUGUUGAUGAUGAAUCUUCUUUGGAAGGCAAUAACUUCAUCCUCCACAUACUUUAGUCUUUGCUGUUUUUAUUCCUCUCUAGUUUGCAUGUUUGUUUUCUUACAUAUUCCUUAACUCCAAGAUUCUUGUCAGUUAUAUUGCAUAAAUUUCUUCUGUCGGUUUCUUGAUAUUGAGAUCAUCUUGUACACAUUUCAUCCAGUUAUUCUUUGGUCUCUCCCCAUGAUGCGUUUCUCUUUAUCAGUCCAUCUUCUGAUCUCUAUUCCAUAAUGUCUCUGACUAGCUCUCCUUCAUCUCUUCUUAUUACAUGUCCAUACCAUCUCACCUUGUUUCCCUCGCCUUCAAUGCGAUGUCUACCACCCCACAUUUUCUGACAUUUUCAUUCCAUGAUGUCUCUGACUAGCUCUCCUUCAUCUCUUAUUACAUGUCCAUACCAUCUCAACCUUGUUUCCCUCAUCUUCAAUGCAAUGUCUACCACCCCACAUUUUCUGACAUUUUCAUUCCAUGAUGUCUCUGACUAGCUCUCCUUCAUCUCUUAUUACAUGUCGAUACCAUCUCAACCUUGUUUCCCUCAUCUUCAUUGCAAUGUCUACCACCCCACAUUUUCUGCAUUUUCAUUCCAUGAUGUCUCUGACUAGCUCUCCCUCAUCUCUUCUUAUUACAUGUCCAUAGCAUCUCAGCCUUGUUUCCCUCGUCUUCAAUGCAAUGUCUACCACCCCACAUUUUCUGCAUUUUCAUUUCAUGAUGUCUCUGACUAGCUCUCCCUCAUCUCUUCUUAUUACAUAUCCAUAGCAUCUCAGCCUUGUUUCCCUCGUCUUCAAUGCAAUGUCUACCACCCCACAUUUUCUGCAUUUUCAUUCCAUGAUGUCUCUGACUAGCUCUCCCUCAUCUCUUCUUAUUACAUGUCCAUAGCAUCUCAGCCUUGUUUCCCUCGUCUUCAAUGCAAUGUCUACCACCCCACAUUUUCUGCAUUUUCAUUUCAUGAUGUCUCUGACUAGCUCUCCCUCAUCUCUUCUUAUUACAUAUCCAUAGCAUCUCAGCCUUGUUUCCCUCGUCUUCAAUGCAAUGUCUACCACCCCACAUUUUCUGCAUUUUCAUUCCAUGAUGUCUCUGACUAGCUCUCCCUCAUCUCUUCUUAUUACAUGUCCAUAGCAUCUCAGCCUUGUUUCCCUCGUCUUCAAUGCAAUGUCUACCACCCCACAUUUUCUGCAUUUUCAUUUCAUGAUGUCUCUGACUAGCUCUCCCUCAUCUCUUCUUAUUACAUAUCCAUAGCAUCUCAGCCUUGUUUCCCUCGUCUUCAAUGCAAUGUCUACCACCCCACAUUUUCUGCAUUUUCAUUCCAUGAUGUCUCUGACUAGCUCUCCCUCAUCUCUUCUUAUUACAUGUCCAUAGCAUCUCAGCCUUGUUUCCCUCGCCUUCAAUGCAAUGUCUACCACCCCACAUUUUCUGACAUUUUUAUUCCAUAACGUCUCUGACCAGCUCUCCUUCAUCUCUUUUUAUUACAUAUCCAUACCAUCUCAGGCUUGCUUCCAUUGUCCUUUUGGCAAUGUCUACCACCCAACAUCUUCUGAUAUCUUCAUUCUAUGAUGUCUGAUUGGUUCUCCAUCUCUUAUCACAUUUCCAUACCAUCGCACUUUGCUUUUCUCACUUUCUCUGCAUUAUCUACCCGCAUUUUCUGACCUUCAUUGUGUGCAUGUCCAUACCAUCUCAGCCUUGCUUCCCUCGCCUGCAUUGUCUACCACCCCUCAUCUUCUGAUCUCUUCGUUCCAAAAUGUCUUUGACUGGCUCUUAUUUUUCUCUAAUCAAGUGUCCGUAGCAUCGCAGGCCUUCUUCCCACGCCUUUUUUGGGGUGUCUACCACCCCACAUCUUCUGAUCUCUUCAUUCCAAAAUGUCUUUGACUGGCUCUCCUUUUUCUCUAAUCAAGUGUCCGUAGCAUCGCUGGCCUUCUUCCCACGCCUUCUUUGUUGUGUCUACCACCCCACAUCUUCUGAUCUCCUAAUUCCAAAAUGUCUCUGACUGGCUCUUAUUUUUCUCUAAACAAGUGUCCGUAUCAUCGCAGGCUUCUUCCCACGCCUUCUUUGUAGUGUCUACCACCCCACAUCUUCUGAUCUCUUCAUUCCAAAAUGUUUCUGAUUGGCUCUCCUCUCUCUCUCUAAUCACGUGUCCGUAGCAUCGCAGGCCUUCUUCCCACGCCUUUUUGGGGGUGUCUACCACCCCACAUCUUCAGAUCUCUUCAGUUCCAAAAUGUCUCUGAAUGGUUCUUCUUGAUCCCUUCUUAUUACGUGUUUAUAUGCAUGCUAUCUCAGCAUCGGUUCCCUUAAUUUCUCUGCCAGAUCGCAUCUUGUCUUUCAACGAAACCGUGACCAUUUCAAUAUUCACGUACAGCAGUAAUGGCCUUAGCAAUCAGCACUAUCACCAAAUGAUUCCUUGAUUUCAUUGAAAUGUUCUCUUCUGCAGUAAUUGCGCAAGAAGAACAUCAGCACCUUGUUCCAUUCUAUUUUGCAUUUUUAAAACGUCCCUGGGAAUAAGAGUGUUCCCAGGCAUGAAUCCCUGGGACCGAGGAUAUGCGAAAAUCUUAAUACUUCACUACAAAGUUAAUACACCCUUUCGAUAAUUACGUCACAACUACACUGUUUUCAACUUAGGACCACCUUAAAUGGAAGGGAUUUCAAGUUUUUUUUCUCAUGGGCUAUGCUCAGAGAAGCAGAACAUCCUUCUUCAACACAUGUAUGAAAAAGAAUGAUUUAUUUUUACCAAUAAAUGUGGAAAUAAGCUUUAACACGAAAACGAGGCUCCAGGUCAUGUGCCUCGUUUUCGUGUUAAUGCUUAUUUCCAUAUUUAUUGAUCAAAAUCCAAAAUUUUUUUGGCGCAUGUGUUGAAGAAGGAUGUUCUGCUUCUCUGUGCAUAGCCCAUGAGAAAAAAACCCUUAAAAUCCUUUCCAUUUAAGGUGGUCCUAAGUUGAAAACAGUGUAGUUGUGACGUAAUUAUGGAAAGGGUGUAUUAUGGAAAAUUUUAAAAUUGAUUCCGAAGUGAAAAUGAUUUUUAAAUCUUGUCUGAUAGUAUUUUAACUAAUUUGGUGUAUAUUCGUAAUUUGCCCAUAUUGAUCAAGAACGAGGUCAUAACAUGAUUACUAUGACCACGUUCAAGAAAAACCAUUCACUUAAUAGUUAAUAGUAGUGAUAACAUCAUUAGCUCAACUCGCUGUUGACCGCAAUAAUACGCAUUAUGAACGGGGAGGUCUAGUGUAGGUAGUAUUUACAGUGAACUAACGUGUUUUGUGUCUGAAAACUACCUGAAAACCCUUCGACGUUUCGAGCGAAGUCCUUCGUCAAGGGUUGUAGAGGCGGGAAGGGAGGGAUGGGAAGGGAAGGGAAGGCUGGGAUCUCUCCUACUAGCACAUGUGAUUAAAUGGAUUUAUUUAAAAUUAUAGAACUGAAUUGUUCCCAUAACGUUGUAUAGCCAAGGGGCCGGUUGUUCAGAGCUCGAUUAGCUAACCAUGGUCGAGUCCACUGUUUUGAUUGGUGUAGUCCGGCACGGUUCAUUUCAAAACUUCAGAAAAUUAAACUUCUAUUGAUCUAGACACGAUUAGUGGAAAAGCAUUUUCAACUUGAUAAACAAACUGUUGAGAAUUUUACUUUAAGCUAGGGGAAUAGGAAGCUUCAUAAAUUAGGGGGAGGGGGACGAGGGGGGGGGGACUCCGCGAGGAACCGAGUGGGAUGAUUUUGAAAAUUUGGAGUCUCAAGGUCGUCGGAAAUGGCAUUCUCAGAGUCUUCUCUGUCCCUUUCGUUAGGCACUUUCAUUAUGAUUUGUGAGUCUAUGCUCUCUCUGAGUCAGGAUGGUUGUUAUAAUUUUUUUUGUCAAAAAUUAUAUAUUUUUUGGGGGGGGGAGGGGGGUAUUCUACACCCCUGCUUUGCGCUUUUCCUUUCACCUAGGAUUAGGUUCACUGACAUUCGAACAAGCUGCCCCACUCCUUUUGUGAGUUAUCCAUUAGAUCACAUACUUGAGAAAUAUUACAGUCACAUGCAGUAAAUAUAUAUGUAACCCGUCUAAAGGCCAUGAGUUUAUCAGGAAAAAGUGCAAAGUCUUGCUUUCUUUGGUCACUUAUCUAAUUUAAUUGCACUGAAAUUUCUUAAAAUAAAAAAUCAUGCACGCCCUUGCCUCAUUACGCGGCCAGUCUGUCUGCCUACUCACACUAAUAGAACCUUACCUAUUUAGUUUUCCAUUUUAGCUGCACCCCACUUUGAUGCCUUGGGAAAAUUAUCGCAAACUUUGACUUUGCGUGCCGGCAAUUACUAACAGAAUCACUAAAACAAACUUCUUCUAAUGUUCACAAAAUGAAUUAACUUUUCUGUGUGUUUGAAUUUUUUUUUCCCCGUUUUGUGUCAUUUUAUAAUUAAGCUAUCAAGCGUGAGUGCAACUGACCGCAAUGUUACAGUUUUGACUAUAAGACCUAAGUGCCAUCUAGUUUGAUGAUUUUUUGCGUCUAAUUUGAUUUCCAUGCAUUGAAAUUGGUUUUUGCGUUGCGUUUUCCACGAUAAGCAAAUGAGAAGCGAGAAAAGGUUUACAGACUUUGGAUACAAUCACAAUUCAUCAAUAACCUCACAUUUAUUUUGGAACAAUAUAUGACCGCUCGCCGCGCGAUAAAUUUUUUAUGCCUCGCGAUCUUUUUCCAUUGAUUUGUUAUAUAUUAUUUAAGGCAAGCUGGUAUUAAUUGGAUCGAGGUUAAUAAUUAAUAGGAGUUUUUUUCUGGGCGAAUACUUGGGGCCCAUUUCCCUCGAUGACACGGCCGCAAUGCCCUAAAUAUCAUUAUGAUAAUUAAGGUGAUUUAUGUCCGAUAAAAUGACAUUCUAUUGAAAUGUAGCCCAAUUUGUCAGCUUAUAAGAUACUGUUUAUUUACUUUUCAUUUGGGGUAUGUUCGAUGGGCAUUUUUGAGGAAAAUACAGGGAUUUGAUGAGACGGGGUAUGUUUUCGAAAAAGUGUUGUUUGCGGGGGACAUGGGCCAAAGGGCCAAGCUUUGUAUGCGCAUAAAAUAUUAACAUUUUUGAGGUUACAUUGUAAUUGGACACUGCUCUGUAUAUAUUAAUAUGAUUUCUGUGUAAGCCGAUAGAUGCACACUGAUUGAAAGUUGCGAAUGGUCGAGCGUGUGUGCCUAUGCGAUUCCAAGUGGUCUUAUCUGAGAGCAGGCGAACGUACGCGGAUCGAUCUUAUCCGAUGAGAGAAACCAUUAACAAUUCACAAGCCUAAUCCAUCUCCCGGUAUGACGAGUUCAAACCCGCUUGGGUCAACAUAUUAUUUAGACUUUGUUGGGUUUUGAACAUGUUGUAUAUAAUUAAUAGAUCGUGUUUCCUAUACGACAUUUCGAAGUUAUGGAACCGCGUCUUCUCCGCUUAAAUUUGUAUUUCAAGAUGUGCGUACUUAACUCGAUGGCUCAAUUGAUGGAGAUCUCGAAUCGUCCAGUCGCUGAAUCUGGCUUGAAUCAACUUUAUUUUGACAACGCAAUUAUUGGCCUGCGGACGGUCCAUGUAUAGAAAUUCGUUUUCUGUUCGCGGGCUACACAAUCCUUGGUUAUUCCCUUGUGUGUGUGAUGGCUCUGCGUUUCCUACGAGCCCGGCGAACCGCACAGGAUUUCAUAGUAGAGGUCACGAGGGGAAACUAUGCAGCCAAUGCAGGCAACGGCAUGAAACGGAAAUUAAUUAUAUAUUUGUGUUCGAGCGUAACUAAAACGGUUGUUUUUUUUUCUCAAUAUAGUAAUUAUCAUUGUAAGCACGUCUGAUGUACUGUAGAACGUGCAUUCAUGAUUCAUAUGAAGUUCCCUAAACGGCUAGAAGCGUUACAAAUGUUGGCGCGGUUUUGAUGUGGUAAUGAUGUAGGCGUCGUAGUAUUGUUUGAACAAGAACGGCGUAUAAAAAUGCUAUUGUUCACGAACACGUUUUUCUUCUCGUUGUAUUACCAAUAGUACACGUCGGGAGAAGUUAAACCGUGCUCUCAAUGUAAUGUUUACUCAAACCAGAUUUGUGCUUGUUUUGUUAGAUAUUCAACCGCCUGGCCUGUUGACCUACACCGAUUGAGCUAUCGAGUCAAGAAAUUCAAAUCUAUAUUUAAUCGGGCACUGUAUUUGCGCUGCACUUGAAACAUUUUUCUUGCGAUCACUUCCAAAUCUAUUUGUAAUUUGCUACUCUUUGGUUUAGAUCAUGGAGAUGAAUGA